AUGGCUGACCAGUGCUCGCUGCGCCUGGUGCGAGAACUGGCUCAAUUUGAGCGAAGUGAGCAACUCGCCUUCACUGUCGCCUACGAUGAAAAAAAUACACGAGACAUUCAAGCCCUCAUCGUUGGGCCUCCAGGCACACCCUAUGAGCUGGGCUUCUACGAAUUUGCCAUAAAAAUACCACCUGAUUAUCCCGCGAGCCCACCAACUGUGAGGCUGAAAACUACCAACCAGGGACGCACAAGGUUCGGCCCUAAUCUCUAUGCAAGCGGGAAGGUUUGCCUCUCGAUUCUUGGCACAUGGCCUGGUGAACGCGGGGAGGAAUGGUCUCCCGCCCAGGGACUGGAGUCAGUCUUGCUGUCUAUCCAAAGUCUAUUGUCCUCAAACCCGUAUACCUUGGAGCCAGGGUUUGAUGACAGGAGUGACGACACCGAGAACAUCGAGGCGUACAACUCCAAGAUCCGACAUGAAAACCUACGAUUGGCAGUUAUUGACCCUCUAGAAAAAGCCCUCCAAUUUCCUUCAUUAACCUGGCAACCCAGAACGCAAAGAAAUGGCCAGCCACCUGUAUAUGGAGCAGAUAGCGACCGACAAGCACCGAAUCAAAAUUUCCUCAGUGCCUUUGGUGACUUUUCCAAGCAACGAUUCCUCUGGUACCUGGAUAUUUACAAAAACGCAAUUGAGAAAGGCAUUGUGGAAGAGACACGGAGACACACAACCCCCUUUCUUUCGAUGCCAUUUGAGAGUUCGGGUAAUGGUAUGCAAGGUACAUGGGAUUAUACCAAGCUGAAGACCCGCCUGGAAAGCGUCCAAGAACAGUUGAUGGAGGAAAUACACAAGUGGCCUACCGAGGGCCUGGCACUGGUCAAAGAGGAUGCUGGGAUUGCGGUGAAGCUGAUGGGACAGCAUGAGCAAAUCGUUACCGAAAUGAAGUCCCGAACGCAGGUCAUGGAUCUCUCGCUCGCUGAUGGCAACCCUUUCGUCUGGCGACUCACUUACGCUGGCCGCACGGAGUCACGACUGGAAGGUGGUAUCAUCAAGAUCAAGAUUUUCAUCAGCCCUCGACACCCGGUAGAACAGCCCCGUGUGUUUGUCGAGUCACCGCUCUAUCACAUUCGUGUCUCCAAGAUGGGUGUUAUGAUCUAUCUGCCUGCUCGAGCUGACGAGAUCCGCCAUCACAUCGACGGCAUUAUCAACACCCUAGAAAAUGACAACCCACCAUAUAAUCCACUCAUGACAGUGAACCCCGAGGCAAGCGCUCUGUGUUGGGGAACCGAAGUAGAGCGCAGGCUUUACCGGCGCAAGCUUCGAGCGUCGCUGGAGGAAUCCUAG